AUGCUCGGCGGGGGUGAUCGGGCGGCUUCGCGCCGCCUCCCGACUCGAGCGGGCGACGAGCCCUCAGCAGCAGCCCUCGUGUCAGACGCGGUGGCGGCGCUGAAUGGCCUGGCGUCAGCGCGGAUCGGCCGACCACUGCAAGUGCGGCGGUCGCGGCCAGCAGAGCGAGAGGUCACGUCGGCUCAGCAGUCGAUUCUGGGCCGUGUCGCGGAGCGGGUAGACGACCAGUUUCCUGCCCCUCCAGAUGCUAGUUUUUCUUCGGCGCUUCCGGACCUCCUGAAGUGCGCGGACAUGUAUUUGACGAGCGGGUCCUCCAGCCGGGUCCCCAUCCAGCUGGAGCGGCUCAAGAUUUUGCAGAACAGUACGAUGCCCAAGGAAGCCCUGGAUGUGGUCGGCGCGGACGCCCGCAAGCUGCUGGCGGACCCCUGGCGCUACAUCGAGCGGCGGGCCAACGACGUGGAGGCGGACGGUCCACCUCCUCGGCCAUACACCGACCCCAGACUUCGGUUCAGCCGCAAGCUGAUGAACGAGCUUGUGCUCACCCUCCACCGGGGCAACCUCGUGGUCUUCCGGCCCUCGGUGAAGGCAUUCAUCGGCCUCUUCACGGUUGUCAAGAAGGACGGCUGGUGGCAGCGGCUUAUCGUCGACGCCCGCGUGCCGAACCAGUGGCACCGGCGGCCGCCGCACUCGUACCUGGCGACGCCGGGAGCGGCUUCCGCUCUCGACCUGAGCGAUGCCGCGCUGGAGCCUGGGGCCGCUGGCUCGCUUGAGCUGCGCGGCGCCGCUGUCGACCUGCAGGACGGGUUCUACCAGCUGAGCUUCAAGGUGAUGAGCGACUGGUUCGGCAUCGAUUGCCGGAUGACCGCUGCCGAGGCGGGGAUCACGCGGGUCUUCGACGUCUUGGACGGUGUCGGCACCUGGCUGCCCGUCGCGGCCAAGGACCCCGUGUGGCCGUGUUUUUGUGGCGUGCCCAUGGGGUGGACCUGGGCGCUCUUCAUCUGCCACUCAGCCCUGACUGACGCCAUGGUCGAGUCCCUCGUGCGCGUGAUGCGCUGCGAUCGCGGUCUGGCCGAGGCCCAGCUGCUCCGCGACGGGCAGCCCGCGCCCCGGCUGGCCAAGGGGCGCCCGGUCGCAGCGCCGUACGUGGACAAUGGGAACUUGUUGUGCUUCGACCGCGAGGAUGCUGCCGUGUUCUACGGCUCGAUGGUGGCCGUCCUCAGCGAGCGGGGCUUCACGCUGCGGGACAACGUGGAGUGCGACGCGAACCUCGACAUGGUGGGGUUCGAGCUGCAGGGCGCCAAGUUCGUCUGGAGGCAGCGGCGGUCUCGGUUCUGGCGUCUGUGGCACGCGCUGCGGCAGCUGGAGCUCCGAGGCGGCUGCACGGGGGAGGUGAUGCGCAUCAUCCUCGGCCACCUGGUCAACUUCUUCAUGCUCUCGCGGCCCGCCCUCAGCGUGUUGUCGCAGUUGUAUGUCUUCAGCACUGAGAACCUCGGGCGCUACCGACGGUUUGACGGCCAUGUUCGAGGGGAGCUGGUCACCUGCCGCGGCUUGUUAGCCCUCGUUCGCAGUCGGCUGCGGCCGCGCCAUUACCCAGUCGCUUUUUGCUCGGAUGCCUCGACGCGGGGCUACGCGAUCCACAGUGGGCAGGUCGACCCCCACCUGCUGUACGACGUCUGCCGCUGGCGAGAGCGCUGGCGAUUCGCCGUCGCGGAGGAAGACGAGGGGCCCGGCAUCGACGGGGCUCAGACCGGCCUGGACGCCGACUUCCGCGAGCUGGGCGCCGACCUGGACAUCGAGGACGGCGACUGGGAUCGGAGGGGCGACCGCGCAGUUCCUGUGCGGCGCGCCCCGCGGGUCAGCAGCCUGGUGCCAGCCGAGGCCCUGCGGGCUGCCGAACUCGGCCUCCCGCACCCCAUGGUCGCGGGGAUCGUGCCCGCGCUGCCGGACACGCUGGUGGCGCCGACGCGCUGGCGGCGGCUUCUGGUUGGCGCUUGGCAGCGCCGCGAGGCGAUCCACAUGAAGGAGGCGAGGAUCGCGCUGGUGGGGCUGUGCCACGCCGUCCGGGACCCUGCCAGCCACGGAGGCGUGGUCUUGUCGCUGGGCGAUAACCUCUCGGAAGUACUCGCCACCGAGCGGGGCCGGGCGCAUGGCCCCGCCCUCAACUCAGUGUGCCGCCGGGCAGCGGCGGUCGAGCUCGGAGCCGAGGCGCGGUGGGUUCGCCGCUACGUGGAGACGGACCGCAACCCCACGGACUCGGACUCCCGGCUCGCGGAGCAGGGGAUCCUGGCGCCGGGCGAGUCGCUGCGCGGGGGCCGCCUUGCCGCCCGGCUGGGGCGCCUGCGCGAGGGCGCGUGCUGCCCCGACCGCGUGCCCGAUGGCGCCCCGCGCGCCGCCGCGAGCUCGGCGGCGGCGCCGGCGCCUCCCGCGGGCCCCCAGCGCCGGCCACUGUGGCCUGGCGCACGGGGGCCGUCGCGUCGGCGCGACCGCGCUGGGGUGCUGGAGAUCUUCGGCGGGAGCUGCAGGUUCUCUGGCGCGUGCGCGGCGGCUGGCCUCCGCAUCCUGCGCCCUGUCGAUGUCUCGGCCGGGCCGCACUUCAACGUUCUUAGCAUCGCUGUUCAGCAAAAGAUACUGCAUUGGAUUUCUCACGGAUAUGUCUGUCAUGUACACAUCGCUACCCCGUGUACCCGCUGGAGUGUAGCCAACACGACUGGGGCCCCAGACUCGGAAGGUUCGAGAGCAGGCCUUGGGUGCGCUGACUUCACGGUGCGGGUCCUCAAGAUGUGCCAUCGGUGUGGGGUCUCCGUGUCGCUCGAGAACCCUAGGUCUUCGAGGCUCCUGAAGUACCCGCCCCUCGUUAACAUCUUCGAGAAACUGGGCUGCGUGUCGUUCGAGUAUCACUGUUGUCGCUAUGGGGCUCCUUACCUUAAGCCGACCGUGUUCGUGACGAACGUCCCGUCCUUGAGUGUCAUUGAGAGGGCCUGUGUGUGUACUGUACCCCAUGAACGACUAGAAGGUAAGGUAAAGAUCCCAGAUGAGACAGGCAAACUAGUUUGGAAAUGGAAGACCUCGUUGGCUGGCGCCUACCCUCCUGGCCUCUGCCGCGUCGCAGCCCGGGGGCUCAAGGAGGCUCUCGGACCGGGUGCCCUCCGCCGAGAUGGCGAGCCGGCGCUCGACCCGCGCUGGGAGCGCGAGCUGGCAGCGGCGGCGGGCUUCCCGCAGCCGAAGCCGCUCGAGGCGACCCUGACCAGCGGUGGCCGGCCGCCGCAGGGCCUUCUGCUGCCGGACGGGGUCGACAGUCGUCCCCCGACCGGCGACCGGCGGCGGCGCGCCGCCACCAGACAGGCCGUGGCCAAGACGGUGAAGGUGUCCCCUGGCGAGAAGGGCUACUUGAAGCAGAGGUCGGUGGGCGGGGCCACGCUGCGGCUGUACCAGCGGGAGUACGAGAUGCUCGUGGCCUGGUGGAAGGCGCAGCGUCUCUCGACCGUGAGCACCGAGGCUCACGACGAGGCCCUGGAGCGCUACCUCGACAAGCUCUUCUUCGACGGGGAGCCCGCGAGCCGGGCCAACAACGUCGUCCACGCCCUGAUGUACCACAUCGACGAGGUCUGGGCGAAGACGCCGCACUUCCCCCGGACGCGGCGAGCCCUGCGUGGCUUCCGCAAAGCCUCGCAGACCAGGUCGCGGGAUGGGUGCCCGCGGGAGGCAGCGCUGGCCCUUGCCCAUUGGAUGGGCCGCCAGCGAACGCCGUUCAUGGCGAACUCGGCGGCGCUCACCCUCGUGCUCUUCGACGGCUACCUGCGAGCCUCGGAGGGCCUCGGGCUGGGGCGGGACCAGCUCAUCCCGCCGCAGGGCGGCCGCGGCGCCCGGAGGUGCUGGGCCGCCAUGAUCUGCCCGGAAGAGGAAGGGCGCCCUACCAAGAGCGGCGACUUCGACGACACGGUCAUCUUUGGCGACACCUCGGAGGCUCGGAGGCCGCUGCUCACCAAGAUCCUGCAGGUGCUGCAUCGGACGACCGAGGCGGGCGCGCUGGUGUUCGACGGCCUCUCCCUGAGCUCGUACGAGCGGGUCUUCCGGCGCGGGACCCUGGAGCUCGGGCUCGAGAACCUGCGCCUCACCCCGCAUUGCCUUCGGCACGGCGGUGCGUCGACAGAUGGCCUGGACGACCUCCCGAUCGUGCAGAUCCAAAAGAGAGGCCGCUGGAAAAGCCUGGCAAGCUGCAAGCGCUACGAGAAAAAGGGCCGCCUCUUGAAGCAGCUCGACCGCCUGAAGGCGGUGCCAGGCGUCGACGGUGAGACUUCUUUGCAGUGGCUCCUCACGCAGUUCCCUCGGAUCCUUCAGAACCAGCGCGUGAUGA